GACUUUUAUUAUGACAUAGCAAAUCAGAUCCUGUACAUUCUAGAAAGUAAACUUCAAAACGCUGGCCAGUUCAUCUCUGUUAUCUUGCAUUCUAUGGCCUAUAUAACCUCAGGCUCAAAACCUCCUGAAUUCAUGAAAUCCUUUCAUUUGGCCAUAUCAGCAUUAAGCAUGCAGCUGUUUCAUCACUCAUUCACCGAAGACCAGAGGAAGCAGCAGAGGGAUGAGGACACUCAGGAGGCCUUUGGAACCAUAGUGGAGGACUUCUUAAGUGUUAAAGUACCUGCUGAAACUCAUUUCGCAGAGCACAUGCUGGCCGAGAGACAAAAGGUGUAUAAAUACUUUAAGUUGGAACAGCUCCUGACUGAAUUAAAACCAACUUUAAAAGAAAAACAUGCUAAAGGGCGGAGGACAUCCAGCAUCAAAACUCCCAUCCCCGGGCCAUGUGUGGAGAAAGAAAUAAACAAUCUUGACGAGGUUUACCAGGAGCUCUCCUCAAAGCUUGACAGUCUAACAGAAAAGAACACGCCGAAGUUAGACAAACCACUGCAGUAUCAAAACAUGAUGGUGGAACUUCAAAAAUGUACGGUGGAGCAGAGGCUGAAGGAGAUGAAAGAAAGAUUUUCUAAACUCAGCUCGAGGCAGAGAAUGGGUUUUAAAGAAGACAAAGCAGCUCACAGCAAAAUACAAGCUCAGAAAACAGCCAGUCACCCAGCAAACAUAAACCAGACAGCGGCGGAUCAGAGAAGCAGCCAUCUGCCACAGCCAGGACAGCCCACAAAUUAAAAGACAGAGGAGUAAACAAAUGUACAAUUAUGAAGAAAAGGGUAUGACUGCUUAAGGAGUAAUGCACAGUUAUAGCCUGCAGUGUAAUCUAAUAUACUCUUAUUUUUUCCUAAAUAAAAACAUCAAAAUACUCUACUAAAAUUUAUCUGAUGCAUUUUGGAGCACUAGUAUGUCUGGCAUGCUUUAUCUUCACUUCAUGCUCUGUUGCUUGUGCAGUCAAUAAUUCUACGCAGUUUGUCAACCUCAUGGUCACGCAGCUCUAAAUUCUACUCCUCUAGAUAGAACAGAUUGGGGAGGAGAUGUGAUUAUCAUCACUCUCUAUCAGUACAACAACUCUGUGUCUCUGUAUGCUGACAUGCUCAAGAAAGUUCCAUUGGCCGUGUGCCGUUUGCCUUUAUCACUUAGAUAAAACAAACUGUGUGUCUGAGCACACCAUCCAGGCUCAGUCUAUCCACUUAACAUACCUGUCAACCAGUGCGUGCUGAUGCUGAACUGAAAUCCAUUAUAUUUCUAUUCAGACUUUGUUUUGUGUUUGGAUUGCUAUGCAACUGUAGUUUAAACUUCUGAGGUUAAAGGAGAGUUCAACCAAGAAUCUAAAUCCUGUAAUUGAAUUGCUCUCAUAUGUUUUGUGCAACACAAAAGAAGAUAAUUUGAGAAAUGUCUCAGCGGUUUGGUUUGGAAGUCGACAAGUCGUUGAACCAACGUUCUUCAAAAUAUCUUCUUACGGUAUGUGUUCUGCAGAAGAAAGAAAGUCAUACAGGUUUGGAAUAAAAUGUUGUCAUGCUGUAUUUCUGGGGGAGGUGAUCGUGUCUAUUUCUGUCCUGGGUCUCUUCAUUACACAUGGACAGCUGCAAUACCUGAGAAGAGUUCACUUGUAUAUUGAACUCUGAGCGUAUUCAGGCUACUGUGCCAUAUAUUGUUUUAUUUGCAGAACUGCUGUGCUGAGGAUAUGUCUUAGGCCAUCAAUUUGUCCAUUUAGUUGAACUCGUCCUCAUGAAGAGUCUAUCUGAGACGCCGCCCUGUUAUUAGAACUCGAAGAAUGGCAACUCAAGUGAGGGUUGUGUUGCAUUUGUUAUUGCUGCAUAUAUUUGCUGUACAGGAAGGCAGGCCCAGUGUGUGUAGAGGUGGAUCCUGA